AUGCUCGUCAGAGACACCUUCACCACAGCAGUUGUGAAGAACCUGAUUGUGGUUCUGGUCUGGCUCGUCCUCAGUUACAUCAAUGGCACCUUGGUUGCCACCUUUUUUAGACACCAGACUUUUUACGAAGACCCUCGUUACAUCCUCUUCAUCCACAUGGUGAUCAAUGACGCCAUCCAACUGACUGUCACCAUCACACUUUUUGUCCUAAGCUACAUCUUCUACAAGAUCAAUGUGUCUCUCUGCUGCUUCUUUGUCCUCGUGGCGGUCUUCACCACCAGAAACACCCCGGUCAACUUAGCUUGCAUGGCCAUUGAGCGCUACAUUGCCAUUUGUAAGCCUUUACACCACCCCCAAAUCUGCACAGUGAGGAGGACUCACACUGUCAUCGGGUUGAUUUGGUUUAUAUGUGUGGCUCCAGAUAUUACAGAUCUAUUUGUGACUCUAGCAAAGGAGUCCCACAGCUUCUUCCAUGAGUCUGUGUUCUGCCUGCGCCAGAAUGUGUUUAAAGACCCGAUCCUGACACACAAAAGACAAGUCUUUGAUAUAAUCUACUUCUCCUGUGUGUUUCUGACUCUGGUCUUCACCUAUCUGAGGAUCCUGUUUGCAGCUCGGGCCCUCUCCACAGAGAAGACGUCAGCCCAGAGAGCCAGAAACACCAUCCUGCUCCACGGGGCCCAGCUGGCCAUGUGCAUGCUAUCCUACAUCUCCCCGAGUGUGGGGAUCAUUCUGCAUCUAAUCUUCCCCAGCCGAAUCCUAGAAAUCAGAUUUGCAAACUACCUAAUUGUCUACAUCCUGCCUCGGUUCCUGAGCCCAGUAAUCUACGGUGUCAGAGACAAAAAGUUCAGGAAGUACCUCAAGAUGCACCAUCUCAGCAACAGUUGCAGGGCCAAACUGCCGACAGUGGCCCCCCUGGACAAAAAUGACAUGUAA